UCGUCCUGCUUCUCAGCCUGGUUCUUCCCUGCCACAGCUCCCAGCAACAUCAGUAUCUCCUAAACUCACCUCUUACACCACCACAAGACACCAUGUCCCGCGCAGCUUCCACCAUCUACGACGCCCUCGUCAUCGGCAGCGGCCCGGCCGGUCUCUCCUCGGCACUGGCUCUCGCACGCGUCUGUCGGUCGUCCAUCAUCUUCGACUCGGGCGAGUUUCGCAACAAGGGCGCCAAGGAGAUGCACACGUUUCUCUCGCGCGACGGCAUCCCGCCUGAGAAGUUCCGGUCAAUUGCGCGCCAGCAGAUCGAGGACAAGUACUCGGACCAGGUGACGUUUGUGCCGGCCAAGAUUGUGGCCGUGUCCAACACCGAGGUUGCUCCUGGGUACAAGGGCUUCCAGGCCGUCGACAACUUGAACAAUACGUAUCUGGGGCGGAAGCUGGUUCUUGCGACGGGGGUGGAGGAUAUUCUGCCUACGGAUAUUGAGGGCUACAAGGAGAACUGGCCUCAGCACAUGCAAUGUCCCUUUUGCGAUGGCUUCGAACAAAGGAACUACCCCGUCGGCCUGCUCUCCUUCCCGAACCCAUCCUACAGCCACUUUGCCCUGAUGGCACUUGCAUUCAACAAGGACUUUACAAUCUACAGCAACGGGCCCGUUCCCACAGACGAGCCCACGCAGGCAGCCCUGAAAAAGGUCAUGGCGGCUGGUAUCAAGCUCGACGAGCGUCCCAUCCUGCGCCUCGUCAACAACGGCGAGGGUCCCGACGAGGGCAUCUCGAUUGAGUUUGAGAGUGGCAAUCCCGUGACGCUGGGCAUGCUGUUCCACCGUCCUCCGUUUCGAAAUCGCGGCCAGGAGCUGAUUGACCAGUUGGGAUUGAAGACGAAGCCGAAUGGUGACGUUGAUGUUGACCCGAUGAUGUUGCAGUCGAGUGUGUAUGGGUGCUUUGCCGCGGGGGAUACGCAGGAGUCGAUUAAGCAAGCCCUCAUGGCGAGCAGCAACGGAGUCCGUGUUGGUGCCUCGAUUGCAUUCCAGCUUGCUGAUGAAGAGGGAAACCGGGCGCUGGAGGCGGCGGCGGCGAAAGAAGCCAGCUUGUAGCUUCUUCUCUGUUGGCUGAAGCCUCGGGCAUUCAAUGGUCUGAGAGCGGGACGAGAUAGAAGACUGCAUACCUUACAGAAAUGGCAGCAGAUUGCUUAACACCACUAAUUAGCAUUAAAGAACACAUUUUAAUCGUU